AAGUGCGCGUGCGAGGCCAUGGCGGCGGUGGAUAUCCGAGAUAAUCUCUUGGGAAUUUCCUGGGUUGACAGCUCCUGGAUUCCAAUAUUAAACAAUGGGAGUGUGUUGGAUUAUUUCUCAGAGCGCAGUAACCCAUUCUAUGACCGAACAUGUAACAAUGAAGUUGUCAAAAUGCAGCGGAUGACCUUGGACCAUUUGAACCAAAUGAUUGGAGUGGAGUAUAUCCUUCUUCAUGCUCAAGAGCCUAUUCUCUUCAUUAUCCGAAAGCAGCAAAGGCAGUCUCCAACGCAAGUUAUUCCAUUGGCUGACUACUAUAUCAUUGCUGGUGUGAUUUAUCAGGCACCUGACUUGGGGUCUGUCAUUAACUCCAGAGUGCUCACUGCGGUGCAUGGAAUUCAGUCUGCUUUUGAAGAAGCUAUGUCCUAUUGUCGCUAUCACCCAUCCAAAGGCUAUUGGUGGCAUUUCAAAGAUCAAGAAGAACGAGAGAAGGCUAAACCAAAAGCCAAGAAGAAAGAAGAACCAAGUUCUAUUUUCCAAAGGCAACGAGUAGAUGCUUUGCUGCUAGACCUGAGACAAAAGUUUCCACCUAGAUUUGUUCAGCAAAAGCCUGGAGAAAAGCCCAUCCCAGUGGAUCAAAUCAAGAAGGAACCAGAACCAGCCCCUGAAGCUAUCAAGCCAGAGGAGAAAGAGACUGUAAAGAAUGCUCAGCAGAGUGCUGGCACUAAAGGACCUCCUGAAAAACGGAUGAGACUCCAGUGAAGGAAAUUGUUACACAUCUGGAUUAGUCAGUACCUGAGAGUCUACAAGAGAUUCUUGCUCCCUUUCCUUGAUAUCUAAGCUCCUCACAAAGACUGAAAAUUCAGGGGCUGAAGUCCCUGUAAUGGCUCUUUCUGUAGAAACCUAUUGUAGAAAUGUCCACAAUGGGAUGUGAGCUGCUUCAAAGAAAGUGUUUUCAGUUUUCAUUCUGUUUUGUCAGUUGGCUUCUGAGAAUGGUUUUUACAUUGAGGUCUAUUUUUGCAGCCUCCUGAAAUCCUUACAGUCCCUUGUGUCUUGGUUUCUUAUGUAAAAAGAAAAACUUUUUAUAAAAACUUGUUCUUGGUAAAUCAAGUCUUGGGUGCUAGGUUGCCUCUCAUAAAUACUUCGUUAGUGAAUAUACCAUAUGGGCUGCCAGCAGUCUUUUACUUGGAUAUCAGAAUAUGUCAUGUGCUAUUUUGAGGAAGGCAAUUUCAACUAAAGGAUUUGGCUGAUAUAAAUUGCUGUGCCCUUAGCGUGGUGGGGAUACGGAUUGAGGAUUUGGUAACUGGAAGCUCAAAUCCAUGUGAUUAGAUGUCAAACUGCCACAAGUCUCUAAGUGUUCUCAGACACUCUUUUUACUUAAAUGACAGCUAAACUGUUCCUUUAUAAUAAAAAGCUAGUGUUUGUCAAAGAUGAAUGAUGACAUAAAACAGGCUAAAAUAUCUUGCUAUGUGCUCACAAUGUCUGCUUUUCUUUCUUUCAUUGCAACUCAAAUGUCUCAAUUGCAUACCAUUUCCUCUGUGCUUCUAGCACCUUCUUGCUGCAUCUAAUCACCUUGAUUAGUUGUCUGCCUUUUACACCUGAGGAGGAAGGGAAGGGGAAGAGAAAUAUUACUGACAGCUGUAUACUUUGCGUAUUUGCUGUGGUGUUUAUACAAGGCACACUUUGCCUUCCAGAGAAUUAGUUAGAAUCCAUUGCUAAGAAAUGAAUGUUGGCUUGUUUUGUUUUUUAUGUAGGAAUAGUGGAGCCAUCCUUGAAAUAGUUUUCUUCUGCCCCUGGCCCCUAAAAUGUUGCUUGCUUUGUUGCUCACUUUGUAAUAUCCUCUAGGAAAUGUUAGAGUGAGGAAAAAGGAUUCUAAAUAGACAAAUAUGAAUUGGAAAGACUAAAAUAUAUUCAAGCUACUGUGCCAAAUUUAGUUUGAGAUUAUAGGAGGGAUUUUCACCUACUUCAGUAACUGAUAAAGACCUAUGACUGAGUAGCUAUUGAAUAAUGGAAAGACCUGUGUAACUUUUGUCCUGUAACCCAAGGAUGUAAUAAGUAUGUAGAUAAGCAAGUGGGGGAAAAAAUGUGGGAAAAGGUGGAUGUGGGGAGGUGGAAAAAAAAGCAAAGUGGAGCAGCUAUUUCUCCAAAUGUUGACAGAAGUGGAUAAUAAGCCAAUGUGAAGUUCUAAAUCCAGACAUACAGAGCAGUUACUCUGGAAUGCUCAAAACAAGUUGGAGAUAUUCAAUCUUUAGUAAUUACAAUGUAGUAUGAAUACAUUUAGAACAAAAGGUUAUGGUUUCUUUCCUGUAUUAAAGGACUUUCUAUGGGAACCAGGGGCCCAAGGAGCACUAAGCUUUGACAGUGGGUUGCUGAAUUAUGACAGAGCAGGGAUGGGACUGGUUAACCAGAGCUCUAAGAUUGUCUGUUUCAGUGGCACAGUUCUGAGUCAAAAUGUACCACUUACAGCAUCAUGUACCGUAUUUUUCCUUGAGGAAAUUUGUUUUCAAUCAUAUAGCCAUAGCAGGUCUACAAAAUCAAACAUGCAUUACUAACCUUUAAGAGGUGUGGAGUUUUGGGGGGUAUUUUUGUUUAUUUUUAGGGAACUUCAGGAAAUGCCCCUUUUUAUUUUUUAAUGAUAAUUUUUUAAUUGCCAGAUCAAAUAGUUUUAUCCAUGAGUCAUGGGGUUUUUUGAGUAAACAUCAUAAGCUGUACAGAAACUAUUUUUUUUCCUCUUAAUUUGGUAUUUGGUCCUGAGUUAUUUCUUCUGUGUGCUGUUCAAAACCUACUCUGAAAACAACUAUUAAUUUCCUCCUUAGUCUCUUUGGUAUUUAUCAUCUUCUAGAAUCUGAUUCAUUUCAGCUAUUAACAUAAAUAAACACUCUAACACUCCAAAA